AUGGACGACUUCGGCGAUAGUUUCGUGCAGCCUGAAGUGGACCCUGCAGCAGAAUUCUUAGCGCGUGAACAAAAUCAGCUGGCAGGUCUUGAAGACGAAUUAGAAACGAGUGCUCCGCCCCCCGUUGCUGUUUCAUCGGCUUCCAAUGGACUUGACGAUUUCGUUGAGGUUCCAAGUGCAGCAGCUUUUGAGGCAAAUGGUGGUUUGUUAGAUGAUGACAUAUCUGUACCUGCUGCUGCCCCCGCGGCCCCAGUUGUUUCUGUGUUCAGACAGGAAAGAGAAGAGCCUGAGAAAAUUAAGCUUUGGAGAGAGGAGCAAAAGAAGAGAUUGGAAGAGAAAGAUGCCGAAGAAGAGGAGAAAAAACAGGAAAUGUUAAAAGUAGCCAAAAAAGAACUAGAAGAUUGGUACAAGACUCAUGAAGAACAAAUUGCAAAGACUAAAGCAGCUAAUAGGGAAUCUGCUAAGAAUGCUGAAAAAGCACUAGCGAGGGGUUCUGAAGGCAGCACAGAGGAUGGAAAUGAAUGGGCCCGAGUUUCUGAAUUGUGCGACUUUGGUCCACGAAGAGGCAGAGACGUGGCCCGUCUUAGGUCCAUUGUUUUGCAGUUGAAACAAGCUGGUGUACGUCCCAAUUAUCCCCCUCGACCCACUAAAGUAGCU